AUGGUUGCGAUAGACUCUUCCAACAUAGGGUUUAAGCUUCUAAAGAAGCAAGGAUGGAAGGAAGGCACUGGUCUUGGAAUCUCUCAACAGGGUAUAUUAGAGCCUCUGCAAACAUUGCUCAAAAAUAACAAACGAGGACUUGGAGCUGAAAUUACAACUAAGAGAAAAGCGGCAAAGCCUCACUCUAUUGCUACGGAUUCUAAACAAGUCGCUAAGAAAGCAAAGAAACUGUCUAAGAAGAUGCGGAAGAUGAUCGAGCACGAGAAACACUUGCAGGAAAAGGAAUUUGAACGAGCUUUCUUUAGAGAGUUCUGGCCUGAUAAUGUAUAA